UUGCACAGCAUUUUCAAAUGACUGGCUUAAAUGUUCCUUGUCUCUAAGGAUUUUAAGCCAUCCAACAAGACAAAAGAAAGCUGAGUGCAAAGGCAACAGGAUAACCCAAAUGGAGCAGAGAUGAACAUUGGGAAAAACAUGCAAUUUGAAGACAGAAAAACAAAGAUGGGCAUACAUGCCAAAAAGGAGGCUAUUGAAAGCCAAAGACAAUUGACAUAUCAAGUAAUGGAGGAGAUAAAGCACAUUUUGGAAGAGAAAGAAAGAGAGACAAAAACAGUUGACUAUCUACGAGCGAAGACAGAGCAGCAACAGAAGGACAUUGACAGUCUGACAUCUGAAAAAGAUGAGCAAUACUUAUUAAUUAAAAGACUCAGGAUACAGAAUGUACAUAUAAUGGAGAAACUCAAGGUGUGUAGGAUUUAUGACACUGAAGAAAUACUGCAACUUUACAAAGUCCAGGCUGAAAUAUAUAAAAAAAGAGAAACUCCGGAGAGGAGACCUAAUGAGAUCAUAGAUGAGCCACAGACGUCCAAAACAACCAAUUCUGAUAAAAUGGCAUCAAAAGAAAGUAUGGAACCCAAGGAAGCCAUAGAACAGGUAACUUGCAAGCUGGAAGUAACAGAGAGACUGAGGGCUGACAGUCUGCUUAGUCUGUUAGACACAAAUAAGAAAAUAAUGCUCGGCAUGAAGCUGGCAAAAGAACAACUUGAGAUAAAUAUGGCAGACACAAGUCAAGAGUUAAUGAGAGGUCAAAGACUUAUCUUACAACAUAGAGAACAAGUCGAAGAUAUCAAACAUAACAUGAAUGUAAUCAUUAACAAGAUUAAGCAAAAACAGACAAAAAUCCAAGCGGAUGUUCAAACACGUGAAGCCAUAGUCCCACAGAUCCAAGGCAAACUAGAAAAGAAAGAAAGAAAAUACACCUUUGAAACUGUUAAGUUAAAACUCUGCAGAAUCCUGGAGGGAACUGAUAAACUCUGUGAUAUGCUGAAGGAAUGUGACCUUGAGGAAGGUGAUUUGAGAAAUCUUGAGUUAAAGACGGAGACUAGUUUGGUAGAAAACAUGAAAUCUGAUCCCCAAACACAAAGACAAGAUAAAGAAGUAAGCAUGAAGACAACACAAGACGUAGAGAGAAACUUGGCACAGAUACAAUCUGAAAGAGAUGAGAUAUACCAAUUAAAAACAAAAGUACAAGCAGAGAGACCAAACAUUCAAAGAGACCGGCAGGUAGUUGAAGCAGAAAUGAGUGCAAUGAAAUGUACAAGGGACGAUAUUGAAAGGGAAAAACAAGAGCUUGAAUACAAGUUAGAAAUUACAAAAAGAGAGAUAAGAGAGAUGGAAGUGCUGAAAAAUGAGAUUGAAAUAAAGAAAAGGGACUUUGUAAAAGUGAUACGAAAGAGCAAGAGAACAACAGGAGACCUCAGCAAACUGGAGGAUGAGACAGAACAUGAUAAACAAGACAUGGAGAAAAGCCAAGAGGGGACAGAGGGUCAAAGGUCAAAGUGGGUGGAGUUGAACAUGGAGCACAGAUUUGAUGAACAUAGGGCACAUUUUCAAAUGGCUGAUAAAACCAAAGAAACACUUCAAUUAAAAGAAAAUCUACUUGAGAAAGACAGCAAAGGGAUACGUAUAAACGAUCAUAAAGUGAAUAUUGACACGCAGGGAGUGAUUCCUGAGGCAGGAGAAAUGGGAGAAGACACAAAGCAAGGCAGAACAGACGUUUCAGAAAAGAGUCAACUGAAAUGGAUUCGUUUUCAAGCAAAGAAAAACAAACGGGAGGUUGAGCAAUGGCUGGAGAAGAUGAUGAAAGAGAAGGAUGAAUCAGAAAUCAUGAAGAUCAAGAUACAACGACAAAAGGAGGAGAUUCAACUAAAGCUGGAAGAUACAAUAACUCAAAUUCUGACGGUGAAAGAGAUUAAAGCUUGCAUAGAAAAAACUGCAGCAGAGAUGAAAAACACACAAAUGGAGUUGCUAAAAGACCAAAGCAAGAUGAAGGAAAACAAGAAAGAAGUUGAAAAAUUAAUGGUAAGUAAAUAAUCUUUCCCCUUAUUCUUAUCUUUUACAUAAGCUUAAAGAGGACAUAUUAUCCCCUUUUCCACCUUUCAAACAUGCUCCUGUGGUCUAAAUGAAACAUCUGUCCUGUGCUUUGGUCAAAAUAUAACAUGGUCAAAAUAUGGUCAAAAUAUCAAAUGAAUUGUCCUAGGCUGGGAGUGGAGUCCAUGGGUGGACAUAUCAGGGGAGAGG